CUUUCAUUUCAUCUAAACCCUCCACUAAAAUCUUCCCUUAAUUUCCCCUGAAUCUCUCUCUCUCUCUCUCUCUUUCUCUCUCUACACUCGCCGGCUGUCUCCGAUCAAGCUCUUGUAAUGCACUGAGAAUCAGCGGGCACUCACAUCCGAUUGCUUUGCAGUGAUGGCUGAAAUCGCCAGACUCAUCGAAGUUGUCUUCGAUGACAAGGCAUCCUCGAGCGAUCUCUCCCACAGACUUCGCUCCGAUUCUUCACUCAAGCUAGGGUUCGAGAACUUUUACUCGAUCCUCAAACUCGCCCUCCAAGCCAUCGGAGAUGGAAAAUUAAAGUUCGAAUGUUGGGAACAGUCUCAGGUUCAAUCCCUUUGUUCUCUAGCCUACGCCAUUGCUUUCGCUACUCGAUCUCUCUCAGUUGAACAAGCAGAGCCGGUGAUUGUUGCGGUGGUGCAACAGUCGUUGGAAUUCGCAAUUUGUUAUUUGGAGAAAUCAGUGUCUAGCAGUGAUGAUUUGACAGUUCAGAAUAAUGUGGUACAAAUAUUGGAGAUAGCAUUGAUUGGUGGAAUGGAUAAAGAGUCUGAUCUGUUGCAGCCUUGCUUUGACAAUACACAUGUACAUACGUUGUUAGCUUUUGCUUCUGAAAAUAGCGAUAUUGACCUGGGUGACCAUGUUAGAUGCAUGCUUCAAGGGGGCGGUUGCUCAAAGGAAGAUAAACCAGUUGAUCGGCUUUUUAUGACAUUAGCUGCAGAAUGCAUGCAACCUGAUUAUAUGCCCCAACAGAUUGUUGGACCCACUUCUUACCAAGAUGCAAAUAAGCUGGCUUCUCUUUCUCAACAUUGGGCAAUUGCUCAUUUGGCAUGUUUUCAACGCCUAGUUUCACUUUGCAAAGAGUUGUUUGAGCAUCCAGAUAUGCUUGGUGCAAAAAUGACCAGUACAAAUUUUCACAAGAGGUUGUCUUUCUGCUUGAGGAUUUUUAAGUUACUGAGAAUUCUUGUAAAAGACAUCCCAUAUGUUGAAUAUGAUGCUGCAUUGCUGCAAGCUGUUGCUUCGUUUGCUGAUGUACUGCCUAGUUUAUUCAGGUCUGAGUUUGAUUUUGUAAACAGUAAUGCUGCUGUUGAGAGUUCUUUUGAGAGCCUAGUAUUGUUGCUGCUGGAAGAGUUUCUUUUACUUGUCCAAGUUGUUUUCUGCAACAGCAGUGUAUUUCAGAACAUCCGGGCAUGCAUAGUAGCUUCUAUAUUUGGCAAUUUGGAAACUAAUGUGUGGAGUUACAACAAGGCUGCUGCAAUCCAAAGGCCCCCAUUGGCUUACUUUCCUCGUGUUGUUGUUUGCCUAUUGAAACUCAUUGUAGACAUUAAACAGCAAACACAACAGGCCAUUGAUUGGGAGGAGUUUGACACAGAAUGCCCUGGCGGCUUUGCUGACUUCCAGAACAAUUCCCCUGCUUGCCAUGUUCAUUCUGAGAAGAUUUUUUUGUUAAAGAAGUACAAAGUUGAGGAACUAUUACAGAUUAUUUUCCCUUCAUCAAAGCAGUGGGUGGACAAUUUAAUGCAUCUUGUUCUAUUCCUUCAUUCUGAGGGAGUAAAAUUAAGGCCGAAACUGGAGAGAUCAUAUUCUGUUGGUGCAAAAGUGGCUUGUACUGCUGAACUAGAAAAUAAUGUUUGCCAUGAAGAAGAAGCCCUAUUUGGAGACCUUUUCUCUGAGGGUGGUCGCUCAGUAGGAUCAACAGAAGGAUAUGAUCAGCCGGCAGUUGCAGCCAGUUCUAUCUCCAACUCCUGCAAUAUGCCAAUUCAAGCUGCCACAGAACUGUGCAGUUUUCUAAAAGUGUGUGUCUUUUCUCCUGAUUGGCAUUCUUCUUUAUAUGAGGAUCGUUGCAAGAAACUCAAGGGCAGCCAUAUGGAUAUUCUGCUUUCCAUACUCAACUGUCAGGGCUGUUGUUCUGAAGACAGUACUUCUGACACUCAUCUGGCUUUACAUGAACAGAAGAAGAUUGGGAAUAUCCAUGAACUUUGCUUUGAACUGUUGCACCACCUUCUUUUGCGCCAUACAUUGUCUACCUCACUUGAAGAAUACCUUGUUGAACAAAUUCUGAAAGUUGAAAAUGGUGUUUUUGUUUACAAUGACCAUACCCUGACCUUGCUAGCUCAUGCUGUUAUCUGUAGGGCUGGUUUGACCGGUAGCCAGUUGAGAACCAAAAUUUACAAAGUAUAUGUGAAUUUCAUCGAGGAGAAGGCAAAAACUGUUUGUUUGAGCUGUCCUAGCCUCAAGGAACUUCUUGAGACACUGCCUUCUAUUUAUCACAUUGAAAUUCUUCUUAUGGCAUUCCAUUUAUCCUCUGAUGGUGAGAAGAUGAUGCUGGCAAACUUAAUAUUUUCUACCCUCAAAGAAAUUGAUGUUCCUGCUGCUGGUUUCAACAAUACACAAUUGUCAUGCUGGGCUUUACUGAUUUCUAGGUUGGUUUUAAUGCUUCGCCAUAUGAUAUAUUAUCCCCGUGCCUGCCCGCCAUCAUUGCUUUUGAAGUUGAGAUCCAAGUUGAGGGAAGCACAACUUACUGGAUUACAUCGUCAUAAUAAUGUCAAUGAUCAUUUGUCAUCCUGGGCAUCAGUUGCUGUAGAGAAUUUGAUGGCUACAUGGAUUAGAGAUGGGCCUGUCACCAGCAGCUUGAUUAAUCAACUUAUUGAUAUUGCACCCCUUCCUGCUUCAUUAUGUAGAGAUGAGAUGCCAAUUGAAUGCUUAUCUUUGAGUUGGGGUGACAUAUGUGCAACCUUCUCACGGUUUCUUGGCUUUUGGAGAGGCAAUAUAGCUGCAACAGUUGAUGAUCUUAUUCUUGAAAGAUAUAUGUUUGUGCUUUGCUGGGAUUUUCCUACCAUGGGUUCCACUUCAGAACAUCUACUUCGCUUCUGUAGUGGCAUACAUACUCUGGACACCUCAAACGUGGAGCAUUUCUUCUGUUUUAGCCACUCACUAUUAGGCCACUGUGGUGUUAGUGCCGAGCACUUUGACUUUUCAGAGAUGGUUUUUGCUGUGCUUCAGUGUUUGCAUGUUGUACACAUGUCAGGGGACCCCGGGGAGCUUGGCUGGGAUUUUUUGAGGAAUGGUUCAUGGCUUUCUCUGGUACUGUCCUUACUUUCUGCUGGCAUCUGGAGGUAUACCACUAAGAAUUCAACCACUUUGGCAGGUUCAGUGUGGUCAGAACAGACAUCCAGGGACAAUGAGUUUCUUAAUCUUGCUGAAGUUCUGGUUUCCAGGGCCUUUGGCACUAAUCAAGUUGCAGUGUUACUGAGGAUAUUGUCUUAUUUACUGAAUAGAUACUUACGGGCCUAUCAGAAAUCUUUUCUUUCUGCCUUCGAUAAUAGCCAGUGUUCUCCUGAUAGGUUUUCGCCCUUGUUGCUUCUCAAAUAUACUGGAUUUGACAAAUGCAUGCAGGAUGAGCUCCUUGAGAAGGGUGGAAUUAAUCCUUGUCAGCUGGAUUCUGUUUGUGACCUUUUGUUGAAGUUAGAUGACACUAUUGACAAACUGUCUUCAGGAAUCCAAUCUAAGGCCUUUUGGGAAUUUGUGCUGCAUGGUUUUCCCUCUCAUUUUCAAACCCCAAGUGGAAGUCUUGUUUCUUGCAUUCUUAGCAUCAGAAGGAUCAUUAGCUUUUUAGAUGGGCUGCUCAGCGUCAAAGAUGCUAGAGAAGUUAUCUCUAAGGAGACUGAGGUACUUAGACAGAUUCUUCAUUCAGUAAUGACAAUCAAGUCUGAUAAGAUUUUUGAAAGUCUUCAUGGAAAAUGCGAAUCAGUUUACCGCAGCUUGAGUGAGGGCUUGAAAGGGCCUGAUUAUAGCUGUUUAUUUCUGCUGAAGCACAUGGAAGAAUUUUUAUGUGAUAUAAAUGCCAAAGAAGUCAGUGAUAGCAGUAUUCAUGAAUGGAUAGUCAACAAGGCUAUUGAUACCAUGGAUAGCCUAAGAAAGGACCCUUCAAGAGCUGUUGUUUUCAGAUUCUUUCUCUCUGUGGAAGAUGUGUCUGCACAGGUCAAGGACAUUUAUGAUUCGCAACGUGGUGAUUUGUUGGUUGUGAUUGAUUCAUUGGACAAAUGUUACUCUGAACCGGUAAAUGUAAAGGUUCUUAAUUUCUUCACUGAUCUCGUAUCAGGAGAGAUGUGUCCUGGUGUAAAACAAAAAAUUCAGAAGAAAUUCCUUGGCAUGGAUUUGCUUUUCCUUUCAAAAUGGUUAGAAAGGAGACUAAUAGGUUCGAUGGUGGAAGCAUCAGGUGGGAUCGCCAGUGCAAAAGGAAGCUCAGUUUCUCUAAGGGAAUCAACCAUGAAUUUUAUCGUCUGCCUUCUAUCGCCGUCUUCUGAACUGCAAUCAAGAGAACUACACAGCCAUUUGUUUGAAGCAAUGCUGAUUUCACUUGAUAAUGCAUUUAUGCUAUAUGAUACUCAUACUGCAAAAUUCUAUUUCAAUUUUGUUGCUCAACUUUCAAGAGGUGAAACUUCAUUGAAAUCCCUUCUGCAGCAGAGUCUCAUGCUGAUGAAGAGGUUGGCUGGUGAUGAGCAUCUACUUCAAGGGCUGAAGUUUCUCUUAGGCUUUCUUGGGACUGUUUUGUGUGAUUGUGGGUCCAUUAAAAAUACUAUUGAAAAAUCUUCUGGAAAGCCUUUGUCUAGCAAUAGUUCUGGUGUGAGACCUAUAGCCUCUAGAUCUCUAAGUUCAAGGAAAAAUUCUGAGACCUUGGUUCUUUCUGCUAAUCAGGAAGGGGGAUCUUCAUCUCUUGAAUGUGAUGCAACUUCUGCAGAUGAAGAUGAGGAUGACGGAACAUCCGAUGGUGAGGUGGGUAGCAUUGAUAAGGAUGAUGAAGAGGAUUCUAACAGUGACAGGGCCCUUGCUUCUAAAGUUUGCACAUUCACAUCCAGUGGCAGCAAUUUCAUGGAACAACACUGGUAUUUUUGUUAUACAUGUGAUCUGACUGUGUCAAAAGGCUGUUGCUCUGUAUGUGCAAAAGUUUGUCAUCGUGGUCAUCGUGUUGUUUACUCCCGCUCAAGUCGCUUCUUUUGUGAUUGUGGAGCUGGGGGUGUUAGAGGUAGCAGUUGCCAAUGCUUGAAGCCUCGAAAAUUUACUGCUAGUAACAGUGCAUCCACUCGUGGCAGUGGCAAUUUUCAGUCUUUUCUCCCCUUUACAGAGGAUGGAGAUCAGCUGCCUGAUAGUGAUUCAGAUAUUGAUGAAGAGGUUGCUAUAGACACCGACAACUCUAUUAGGUUAUCUAUUCCAAGAGAGGUUCAAGAUGGGAUGCCAUUGUUACUUGAAGAACUUGAUGUUGAAGGACGGGUGCUUGAACUUUGCUCAUCGUUGUUGCCUUCUAUAACUAGCAAAAGGGACUCUAACCUUUCAAAAGAUAAAAAUAUUGUACUGGGUGAAGAUAAAGUGCUGUCUUAUGGUGUUGAUCUUUUGCAAUUGAGGAAGGCUUAUAAAAGUGGGUCCUUAGACCUCAAGAUAAAAGCAGAUUAUUCUAAUGCCAAGGAACUUAAAUCCCAUUUAGCUAGUGGAUCUCUUGUUAAAUCCUUACUAAGUGUCAGCACUCGAGGUCGACUUGCUGUUGGCGAAGGUGACAAAGUGGCCAUAUUUGACGUUGGGCAGCUGAUUGGGCAGGCAACUAUUGCACCUUUGGCUGCUGAUAAGGCUAAUGUGAAGCCUCUCUCCAGGAAUGUGGUUCGCUUUGAAAUUGUACAUCUUGUCUUCAACCCUGUGGUAGAGAAUUAUCUUGCUGUAGCAGGAUAUGAAGAUUGCCAGGUCCUUACUGUAAGUCAUCGCGGUGAGGUGACUGAUCGUCUGGCCAUCGAACUUGCUUUGCAAGGUGCUUAUAUCAGGCGUGUGGAUUGGGUUCCAGGUUCCCAGGUUCAGCUGAUGGUGGUUACAAACAGGUUUGUCAAAAUAUAUGAUCUUUCUCAGGACAACAUCGGUCCCGUGCAUUACUUCACAUUGCCCGACGAGAUGGUUGUGGAUGCAACACUAGUUGUGGCUUCCCAAGGAAGGAUGUUUCUUAUUGUCCUUUCCGAACUUGGAUGCUUAUUCAGGCUAGAAUUGUCAAUGGAAGGAAAUGUUGGAGCCAAAUCAUUGAAGGAAAUGAUUCUAAUUAAGGAUAAAGAUGUGCUUGUGAAGGGCUCAUCUUUGUAUUUCUCACCAACUUAUAAGUUACUCUUUCUAUCUUACCAAGAUGGAAGCACCUUGAUUGGCAGGUUAAAUCCUGAUGCAACUUCCAUUUCUGAGAUAUCUUCAGUAUAUGAGGAUGAGCAUGAUGGUAAGCUGCGACCAGCUGGAUUACAUCAUUGGAGAGAGUUGUUGGUUGGCAUUGGGUUAUUUGUUUGUUUCUCAUCUGUGAAAUCCAAUGCUGCACUUGCUGUUUCUAUGGGGGAGCAUGAGAUAUUUGCACAGAACUUAAGGCAUUCAGUGGGUUCAACCUUGCCUUUGGUUGGGAUGACUGCUUACAAGCCACUAUCCAAAGACAAAAUUCACUGUCUUGUUUUACAUGAUGAUGGAAGCCUUCAGAUAUACUCACAUGUACCUGUUGGUGUUGAUGCUAGUGCAAGUACAAUAUUGGAUAAAGUGAAGAGACUGGGGUCUGGUAUUCUUGAUAAUAAAGCUUAUGCUGGUUCAAAUCUAGAAUUCCCACUUGAUUUUUUUGAGAAAACAGUAUGCAUCACUGCAGAUGUGAAACUGAGUGGCGAAGCCAUCAGGAAUGGCGACUCUGAAGGAGCGAAGCAAAGCUUGGUAUCUGAGGACGGGUUUUUAGAAAGUCCCAGCCCCGCAGGUUUUAAGAUAACUGUUUCUAAUUCAAAUCCUGACAUAGUCAUGGUUGGUUUCCGUGUCCAUGUUGGUAAUACAUCAGCAAACCAUAUACCUUCUGAUAUUACUAUUUUCCAGAGAGUGAUAAAAUUAGAUGAGGGCAUGCGGUCUUGGUAUGAUAUUCCAUUCACAGUGGCUGAAUCACUUCUUGCUGAUGAAGAAUUUACAAUAUCUGUUGGACCAACCUCCAAUGGUUCCACAUUACCAAGAAUUGACUCGUUAGAAGUUUAUGGUCGAGCUAAGGAUGAAUUUGGAUGGAAGGAGAAGAUGGAUGCAGUGCUGGAUAUGGAAGCUCGUGUUCUUGGUUGUAAUUCCUGGGCUGCAGGAUCGGGGAAAAAGUGUCGUAUUACGCAGUCUGCUCCUAUUCAGGAGCAAGUGGUAGGAGAUGGCCUCAAGCUUUUGUCUAGGUUCUAUUCACUGUGUAGGUCACAAGAAUGCUCAAAAGUUGAUGAUGUAAAGCUGGAGCUGGGCAAACUCAAGUGCAAGCAGUUGUUAGAAACAAUAUUUGAAAGCGAUAAGGAGCCGUUAUUGCAGGCUGCUGCUUGCCGUGUCUUGCAGGCUGUGUUCCCUAAAAGGGAGAUGUAUCUCCAAGUUAAGGACACAAUGCGCCUUCUUGGAGUGGUGAAAUCCACCACCAUGCUCUCUUCAAGGCUGGGAGUUGGUGGUACCACAGCUGGAUGGAUUAUUGAGGAGUUUACGGCCCAAAUGCGUGCAGUUUCUAAGAUUGCGUUGCAUCGCCGGCCGAACUUGGCCAACUUUCUGGAGAUAAAUGGUUCGGAAGUGGUGGAUGGGCUUAUGCAAGUAUUAUGGGGAAUUUUGGACAUAGAGCAGCCUGACACACAAACAAUGAACAACAUCGUUGUAUCCUCUGUGGAACUAAUUUAUUGUUAUGCCGAGUGUCUUGCUUUGCAUGGAAAGGAUGCAGGAGGGCACUCUGUUGCCCCUGCUGUUUCAUUAUUCAAGAAACUUAUGUUCUCCAAUGAGGCUGUUCAGACAUCUAGCAGCUUGGCUAUAUCUUCAAGGUUGCUUCAGGUUCCAUUUCCAAAACAAACUAUGUUAGGCACAGAUGACAUGGUGGAGAAUGCAGCACCAAUUCCUGUGCCUGCCAAUGUGACAACCUCAGCUGCUGGAAAUAAUCAGAUCAUGGUUGAAGAAGACUCUAUUACAUCAUCAGUUCAAUACUGUUGUGAUGGUUGUUCAACUGUUCCUAUACUUAGGCGGAGGUGGCAUUGCACUGUUUGCCCUGAUUUUGAUCUAUGUGAGGCAUGUUAUGAAGUGCUAGAUGCAGACCGGCUUCCUCCACCACAUUUUAGAGAUCAUCCCAUGUCAGCAAUUCCAAUAGAAGUGGAAACAUUGGGUGGAGAGGGCAAUGAAAUUCAUUUCUCUACAGAUGAUUUAAGUGAUUCAAACUUGUUGCCAGUUGCAGCUGAAGUCAGCAAGCAAAAUUCUGCACCAUCAAUUCAUGUUCUAGAAACCGAUGAAUCUGGAGAGUUUUCCACUUCAGUAAUUGAUCCAGUUACAAUUUCAGCAUCGAAAAGGGCUGUAAAUUCUUUACUUCUUGCUGAACUUCUCGAACAGCUGAAAGGAUGGAUGGAAAUCACCUCUGGGGUUCGGGCUAUUCCUGUUAUGCAGCUCUUCUACAGAUUAUCAUCUGCUGUGGGUGGACCUUUUGUUGACAGCUCAAAGCCAGAAAGCUUAGACUUAGAGAAAUUGGUAAGGUGGUUUUUAGAUGAGAUUAAUCUCAACAAACCUUUUGCUGCCAAAGAUCGUUCUCAUAUUGGAGAGGUCACUAUCCUUGUUUUUAUGUUCUUUACUUUGAUGCUACGGAACUGGCAUCAGCCUGGCACUGAUGUUUCAAUGCCAAAAUCAAGUGGAACAACUGAUACACAUGAUAAAAGCAUCAUCCUGGUUCAGCCUUCCACUUCAGUUGCUGCCCCAUCUUCAUUGGAUGAUCAAGAGAAAAAUAACUUUGCUUCUCAGUUGCAUCAAGCUUGUGGUGCACUUAGGCAGCAAGCUUUUGUUAAUUAUCUAAUGGAUAUCCUGCAGCAGCUGGUGCAUGUUUUCAAGUCCCAAACUAUUAACUUUGACACUGGCCAUGGUUCAAACCCUGGUUUGGGAUGUGGGGCUAUGCUGACAGUCAGAAGAGAGCUACCAGCGGGUAAUUUUUCUCCAUUCUUUUCAGAUUCAUAUGCCAAAUCGCAUCGCACGGAUAUAUUUGCAGACUACCAUAGGUUAUUGCUGGAGAAUGCUUUCCGCCUGGUUUACAGUUUGGUUCGACCAGAAAAGCAUGACAAGGCUGGGGAGAAAGAGAAGGCAUACAAGAUUUCUGGCAAGGAUUUGAAAUUAGAUGCGUAUCAGGAUGUUCUCUGCAGUUACAUCAACAAUCCUAAUACAACUUUUGUGAGAAGGUAUGCAAGGAGGCUUUUUCUGCAUCUCUGUGGUAGCAAAACACACUAUUACAGUGUUCGAGACUCUUGGCAGUUCUUGAGUGAAGUUAAGAGACUUUAUGAAUACAUAAAUAAAUCUGGUGGCUUCCAAAGUACUAUCCCAUAUGAGAGAUGUGUUAAGAUAGUGAAGUGCCUGUCUACUAUGGCUGAAGUAGCUGCUGCACGGCCUCGGAACUGGCAGAAGUAUUGCUUGAGGAAUGGAGAUGUCUUACCAUUUCUGAUGGAUGGAGUAUUCAGUUUUGGGGAAGAGUCUGUGGUUCAGACUCUUAAACUUCUGAAUUUGGCGUUCUAUGCUGGAAAGGACAUUAGCCAUUUCUUACAGAAAAUUGAAGGGGGAGACACAGGAACUAGUUCGAACAAAUCAGGAACACAAUCUCUGGAGUCCAAGAAGAAGAAGAAAGGAGAAGAUGGAACUGAAUCUGGUUCGGAGAGGUCUUAUUUGGAUAUGGAGCCAGUUGUACCUGUCUUCGCUGCCAAGGGGGGAGAUAUUUUGAGGCAAUUCAUUGAUUGCUUUUUAUUGGAAUGGAAUUCAAGCUCGGUGCGUGCGGAAGCCAAAUGUGUUCUCUAUGGCGUCUGGCAUCAUGGAAAGCAGUCAUUCAAGGAAACCUUGCUAAUGGCUCUCUUGCAUAAAGUGAAAUGCCUGCCAAUGUAUGGUCAGAAUAUCAUCGAAUAUGCAGAACUUGUCACCUGCUUGUUGGGGAAGGUCCCUGAUAAUGUUUCGAAGCAGCAGAGCACUGAAAUGGUGGACCGAUGCUUAACCCCUGAUGUGAUUAGGUGCAUCUUUGAGACACUUCACUCACAAAAUGAGCUUUUGGCUAAUCAUCCUAAUUCACGUAUAUACAACACUUUGGGUGGUUUAGUGGAAUUUGAUGGGUAUUAUCUUGAGAGUGAGCCUUGUGUUGCUUGUAGCUCUCUGGAGGUGCCUUACAGCAGGAUGAAGCUAGAAAGUAUAAAAUCAGAAACGAAAUUUACUGAUAAUCGCAUUAUAGUGAAAUGCACUGGGAGCUAUACCAUUCAAAGCGUGACCAUGAAUGUUCAUGAUGCUCGGAAGUCCAAAUCAGUUAAAGUCUUGAACCUUUACUACAACAAUAGGCCUGUGUCUGACUUGUCGGAAUUGAAGAAUAAUUGGCCAUUGUGGAAACGUGCAAAGAGCUGCCAUCUUGCUUUCAACCAGACUGAACUAAAAGUAGAUUUUCCCAUUCCAAUCACUGCGUGUAACUUCAUGAUUGAGCUGGAUUCUUUCUAUGAAAAUCUUCAAGCUUUAUCCCUUGAGCCAUUGCAGUGUCCACGUUGCAGUCGACCUGUCACUGAUAAGCAUGGGAUUUGUAGUAAUUGCCAUGAGAAUGCAUAUCAAUGCAGGCAAUGUCGUAAUAUUAAUUAUGAGAAUCUGGAUUCUUUCUUGUGCAAUGAAUGUGGGUACAGCAAAUAUGGUCGCUUUGAAUUUAAUUUCAUGGCGAAGCCAAGUUUUACUUUUGAUAGCAUGGAGAAUGAUGAAGAUAUGAAGCGGGGACUGGCUGCUAUAGAAUCUGAAUCGGAAAAUGCUCACAGGAGAUAUCAGCAGCUUUUGGGCUUUAAGAAACCUUUGCUUAAGAUUGUAUCCAGCAUUGGUGAGAAUGAAAUGGACUCCCAGCAGAAGGAUUCUGUGCAGCAAAUGAUGGUGUCUUUGCCUGGACCUUCCUGUAAGAUAAACCGUAAAAUUGCUCUUCUCGGUGUCCUAUAUGGUGAGAAAUGUAAAGCAGCUUUUGAUUCUGUUAGCAAAAGUGUGCAGACACUUCAGGGGCUUAGACGGGUUUUGAUGAAUUAUUUGCAUCAGAAGAAUUCUGAUAAUGUAGUUGCCUCAUCAAGAUUUGUCAUAUCCAGAUCACAAAACAGUUGCUAUGGCUGUGCUUCAACAUUUGUUACACAAUGUCUAGAAAUGUUACAGGUGCUAUCAAAGCACUCAAACUCCAAGAAGCAACUUGUUUCUGCUGGGAUUUUAUCUGAGUUGUUUGAGAAUAAUAUUCAUCAGGGUCCUAAAACUGCUCGUGUCCAAGCCAGGGCAGCACUUUGUGCUUUCUCCGAAGGUGAUGUGAAUGCGGUAGCUGAGUUGAAUAGUUUGGUACAGAAGAAAGUUUUGUACUGUCUUGAACAUCAUCGCUCAAUGGAUAUUGCGCUGGCUACCCGUGAAGAGUUGCUGUUGCUUUCAGAGGUGUGUUCUUUGGCAGAUGAAUUUUGGGAGUCAAGGUUACGAGUUGUCUUCCAGUUGUUGUUUUCUUCAAUUAAAUUGGGUGCCAAACAUCCGGCUAUUUCUGAGCAUGUUAUUCUUCCUUGUCUGAGGAUUAUAUCUCAGGCAUGUACUCCUCCAAAGCCUGAUACGACUGACAAAGAGCAAGGAAUAGGAAAACCUGCCUCUGUUUCCGUUGAAAGCAACUUAAAUCCAUCUGUAUCUUCAAGUGUCCUUGUCAGUGGGAGUAAAUCUGCACCAGAACCAUUAGAAAAGAGUUGUGAUGGUUCUCAAAAAACUCAAGAUAUUCAGUUACUAAGCUACUCUGAGUGGGAGAAGGGAGCAUCAUAUCUUGAUUUUGUUAGGCGGCAGUAUAAAGUGUCUCAGGCUGUUAAGGGAGGUCAAAGGUCUCGUCCCCAGAGAAAUGACUACCUAGCCCUGAAAUAUGCCCUUAGAUGGAAGCGUGCUUGUAAGACGAAGAGUGACUUACCAUCAUUUGAGCUGGGCUCUUGGGUUACAGAACUUGUAUUGAGUGCUUGUUCUCAAUCUAUAAGGUCUGAGAUGUGUAUGCUGAUUAGUUUGCUUUGUGGCCAAAGUCCUGCAAGGUGGUUUCGGUUGUUGAAUUUACUCAUGUCUUUGUUACCAGCAACUCUUUCUGCUGGUGAAAAUGCUGCAGAGUAUUUUGAAAUGCUCUUUAAGAUGAUAGAAUCUGAAGAUGCCCGACUUUUCUUGACUGUACGUGGAUGCCUUGCUAUAAUAUGCAAGUUAAUUACCCAAGAAGUGGGCAAUGUUGUAUCCCUAGAGAGGAGCUUGCAUAUUGAUAUCUCACAGGGUUUUAUUCUUCACAAGCUUAUAGAGCUCCUUGGCAAAUUUUUGGAGGUUUCCAAUGUCAGAUCCAGAUUCAUGCAAGAGAAGUUGUUGUCUCAAGUCCUUGAGGCCUUCAUCAUUAUCCGAGGUUUGAUAGUGCAGAAGACAAAGCUGAUUAGCGAUUGUAAUCAACUUCUAAAUGAUCUUCUAGAUAGUCUUCUCCUUGAGAGCUAUGAAAAUAAGCGGCAGUUUAUACGGGCAUGCAUUAGUGGUCUGCAAAUCCAUGGAGAGGAGAGAAAAGGACGAACUUCUUUGUUUAUCUUGGAACAGCUCUGCAAUCUGAUCUGCCCAUCAAAACCCGAGCCUGUAUAUCUUUUAAUUCUUAAUAAGGCACACACUCAAGAAGAAUUUAUCAGGGGGUCAAUGACCAAGAAUCCUUAUUCCAGUGCUGAGAUUGGUCCACUGAUGCGUGAUGUUAAAAACAAAAUCUGCCACCAGUUGGAACUGUUAGGUCUUCUUGAAGAUGACUAUGGUAUGGAAUUGCUUGUGGCUGGAAAUAUCAUCUCUCUUGAUUUGAGCAUUGCUCAAGUGUAUGAACUAGUUUGGAGAAAGUCGAAUAGCCAGUCCUCAAGCUCAACUGCUAGUACUACCCUGCUGUCCUCGAAUGCUGCCACGCCAGCCAGAGAUUGUCCUCCUAUGACUGUAACUUACCGCCUUCAGGGAUUAGAUGGUGAAGCUACUGAACCAAUGAUCAAAGAGUUGGAGGAGGAUAGGGAGGAAACUCAGGAUCCAGAGGUUGAGUUUGCAAUAGCAGGUGCAGUCCGGGAGUGUGGUGGGCUUGAAAUUAUUUUGAGCAUGAUUCAGGUGUGUGGUAACUUCUUUAUUUUCUAGAAAUGUAUUAAUGAU